GCAGUAUAUCAAAGGUAAGCCAGCCUUGACGUUCAUCUCAACGUCGAGUUUGUUCAUCCGGCUGGCAGGAAACCGGCACCGGCGAUCGGCUGAGCCUCUCUCUCUCUCUCUCUUCCUCUCCCUUUUCCUUCAGAGAGAACGUAGUUCGCACUUCGACUCCACCAGCCGUCGACCACUAUGGCCGCCAUCGCCGCCGUUGCUGCCGUUGCGCCGAGCACAUUCGCCGGCCAGACUGCUCUCAAGGAGCAGAGCGAGCUGAGCCGCCAUGUCGGCCAGUCGGAGUCUCGCGUUGUCAUGAGGAGAACCGUCAAGUCCAGCGACAGCCUGUGGUAUGGUCCCGACCGCCCCAAGUACCUGGGCCCGUUGUCCGGUGAGACUCCAUCGUACUUGACUGGCGAGUUCCCCGGCGACUACGGCUGGGACACCGCUGGACUGUCCGCGGACCCCGAGACGUUCGCUCGCAACAGGGAGCUGGAGGUGAUCCACGCCCGCUGGGCCAUGCUCGGCGCGCUCGGCUGCCUCACUCCCGAGCUGUUGGCCARCARCGGCGUCAAGUUCGGCGAGGCUGUGUGGUUCAAGGCCGGCGCUCAGAUCUUCKCCGAGGGUGGGCUGGACUACUUGGGCAACCCCAACCUCGUCCACGCUCAGAGCAUCUUGGCCAUCUGGGCCUGCCAGGUGGUGCUCAUGGGCGCCGUGGAGGGCUACAGAGUGAACGGCGGGCCACUCGGAGAGGUGGUGGACCCCCUCUACCCGGGCGGCAGCUUCGACCCCUUGGGCUUGGCCGACGACCCCGAUACCCUCGCUGAGCUCAAGGUUAAGGAGCUCAAGAAUGGCCGCUUGGCCAUGUUCUCCAUGUUCGGCUUCUUCGUCCAGGCCAUCGUCACCGGCAAAGGCCCGUUGGAGAACCUGAACGACCAUCUGGCCGACCCGGUCGCCAACAACGCCUGGGCCUACGCCCAGAACUUCGUCCCUGGAUCUUAGAUCUAUACAGUCUGUACAGGCUAGUCUACCACUAACAUCAUACUAACAUCGCUGGAUAGCUUUUAAAUUAGUGUUAGCAACUCUUCCUCCCGUUCAGCAAUCAGCCUCAGCAUUGGAGUCAUCAAUUGUUGGAGCUGCUUUCUCAAUACUUAGAGUCAGUGACAAUACCGUGUGUAUAUAACACCUCACCACACCAUCGGUCCGUAAAUAACUGUAUUUCAGUGUAUUAUGUCAACUUUGUGAUUAUCUCCUUGGUCUGCAUGUUCAGACUUUUAUUUUACUAUGAUUAUAGCACGUUGUCGAGAAUUCAGAACUUUUGAAUCUGGGAACGAUUGAGUAAUUUGAGUUGGAUACUCUGUUCCUAAAUUCCGUCUAUGCUCUCAUGAGUCUCAUCUUUUCUGCUCUCUUGGAUGUGCACUGAUAUCUGCUGGACAAAUAUGCAAUUGUGCAAUCGUGCAAUGACGGUGUGCAACGAAAUGAGGUGAUGCAUGUUGGAGC